AUGGCUCGUACUUUCUGGGUUGGUGGUAACUUUAAGAUGAACGGCAACUCGGCCAGCCUCAAGGAGCUCGUCGCCUCGUUCAACGCCGCGGAGGCUGACAAGAACGUCGAGGUUGUCCUCGCUGCUCCCUUCGUCUACGUUCCCCUGGUUGCGUCGUCGCUGCGCUCUGACUGGGCUGUUGCUGGCGAGAACUGCUACGUCAAGGCUUCGGGUGCCUUCACCGGUGAGGUGAGCCCCGAGAUGCUCAAGGACGUCGGUGCCAAGUGGGUCAUCCUGGGCCACUCGGAGCGCCGCAACAUCCUUGGUGAGUCGGACGAGUUCACUGCUGAGAAGACCGUCAAGGCCCUGGAGGCUGGCCUCAAGGUGUCGCUGUGCGUCGGUGAGCUGCUCGAGGAGCGCGAGGCCGGUAUCACGCAGAGCGUUGUCGAGCGCCAGCUGGACGCUGUCGUCAAGGCCGUCAAGGAGGAGGACUGGGCCAACAUCGUCAUUGCCUACGAGCCCGUGUGGGCCAUCGGUACCGGCAAGGUUGCUACCCCCGAGCAGGCGCAGGAGGUCCACGCCAACAUCCGCAAGUACCUCCAGAAGGCCGUGUCGGCUAAGGUCGCCGAGGAGACCCGCAUCGUGUACGGUGGCUCGGUCAGCCCGUCCAACUGCGUCGAGGCCGCCAAGCAGGCUGACGUCGACGGCUUCCUGGUCGGCGGUGCUUCGCUCAAGCCCGAGUUUGUCAAGAUCGUCAACGCCACUCAGUAA